GCAGAUCGCCAGCCUGCAGGCCCUGAGCCUGUGAAGACUCAGGGUCCUGUGGUUCCAGCACCUGCCAAAGAUCAGGGUCCCAGGGGCUCAGCACCUCUCAAGGAUCAAGAGCCCCUGGUCCCAGGGAACCUGCAGGCUCCAGGUGCUGUGCUCCCAGCACCUGUGAAGAAGGAAGACCCCGUGGCCUCUGAGCCUAUGAAGGAGCGAGGUUUAGUGGCACCCGAGCCAGUCAAGGACCAGGGAGUAGGCAUCCCAGAGCUUCUGAAGGGUCACGAUGCUGUGGCGGUGGCACCUGCAGAAAAGCAGGGUCCCCUGGUCUCUGAGCCCAUGAAGACACCGGCCCCCACUGUCACAGCCAAGGACCUGGGUCCCCUGGUCUCCGAGCCCAUGAAGACACCGGCCCCCACUGUCACAGCCAAGGACCCGGGUCCCAUGGUCCCUGAGCCCAUGAAGACGCAGGUCCCCACUAUCAUGGCCAAGGACCCGGGCCCCCUGGUCUCCGAGCCUGUGAAGACGCUGGCCCCCACUGUCAUAGCCAAAGACCUGGGUCCCCUGGUCCCCGAGCCUGUGAAGGCACAGGCCCCCACUGUCACAGCCAAAGACCUGGGUCCCCUGGUCCCCGAACCUGUGAAGACACAGGCCCCCAGUGUCACGGCCAAGGACCUGGGUCCCCUGGUCCCUGAGCCUGUGAAGGCACCAGCCCCCACUGUCACGGCCAAGGACCUGGGUCCCCUGGUCCCCGAGCCUGUGAAGGCACAGGCCCUCACUGUCAUGGCCAAGGACCCAGGCCCCCUGUUCUCCGAGCCCAUGAAGAUGCAGACCCCCACUGUCAUGUCCAAGGACCUGGGUCCCCUGGUCCCCGAGCCUGUAAAGGCACCAGCCCCCACUGUCACGGCCAAGGACCCAGGUCCCCUGGUCCCCGAGCCUGUGAAGGCACCAGCCCCCACUGUCACGGCCAAGGACCUGGGUCCCCUGGUCCCCGAGCCUGUGAAGACGCCAGCUCCUGUCAUCCCAGUGCCUCUGCAGGAUCAAGAUCCUCUGGUGCCAGCACCUGCAAAGGACCCAGGUCCUGUGGUCCCUGAACCUCUGAAGACUCAAGGGCCCAGGGGCCCUCAGCUGCCCACUGUCUCACCUCCACCCCCAGUAGUGAUCCCAACCGUCCCCCACGCAGAAUAUCUCGAGGGUUCCCCUUGAUGCUCACGCCUCGGUGUGCCCGUGAAGGCGCUGGCAGUGGAAGUGCUGCCCUUCCGGUGGCAGGGAAGACACACAUUUACUCUGCAUGAAACGUGCCCUACCGUCCUGCUGGAAGCUAAUAAAACUGGCCCCUGGCUCA